UAUAGUUUAAGAUAAAAUAAUAAUCAAUUAAUUUAAAAAAAACAAAGUAAAGAUUUCAAAACCCCGCGUUUAGUUAUUAAAUGAAGUAGUCCCUCUCUUUGUACGUAUACAUGUGUGUUUUUUUUUCUUUAUGUAUAUUAAUUAAUAAUAAAAAAAUAAUUGAAAAAAAGGAGCAAUAAAUAUGGGGAAAAGGGGAAGAUGGAAAGUAGGGUAGAGAGGUAACUACCAAAUCCAGCACUAACUUCAAUCACAACCACUCUUUCUCUCUCCACCAACUCCUUAUUUAUUUCCCCUCUCAAUUCCCCACCAUCAAUCUUCCUUCCUUCCUUCCUUCACCUUCCUUCCAUCCACUUCCAUGGUGAGAUCGCCCUGUUGCGAGAAGGAUCACACCAACAAAGGCGCAUGGACCAAAGAAGAAGACGAGCGUCUCGUCACCUACAUCAACGCUCAUGGCGAAGGCUCCUGGAGAUCUCUUCCUAAAUCCGCCGGUUUGAAUCGAUGCGGUAAGAGUUGCAGGCUCAGAUGGAUUAAUUACCUCCGACCGGAUCUUAAACGCGGUAAUUUCACUCCGCAGGAAGAUCAACUCAUCGUCAGCCUUCAUUCGGUUCUAGGCAACAAAUGGUCGAUGAUUGCGUCGAGAUUACCAGGAAGAACGGAUAAUGAAAUCAAAAACUACUGGAACACACACAUCAAGAGGAAACUGGUUGUCAACUCCACACCUGGACUAGAUCCCCAAAACCACCGUCCACUUCUCAACCACCCUACCACCACCGUCAAUGUUGUAAAAACUCUCGAGGAGCCACCUGUACUACCACCGGAAUAUUCUACACAGGCUGUGGAAUCAUCAAAUAGCGGCGGCGGUGGUGGCGUCAGUAGUAGUACCACAAGUGGAUUAUCGACUGAAGAACACAUACCGGUGGUGAACAUCACCCAACCUGAAAUCAACCUCGAGCUCUCCAUUGGUCUACCGGUGGUUUCUGAUCAGAAAACGGUGGCAAUAGCAGCACUACCUCCAUCUUCUUCGUUUUCUCUGUAUAAAGAAAAGAUUGGUGAUGGUUGUGGAGGAACUGCGAGAAUUGGCGAUGAACAUGGCUUAUUGUAUCCCAAUGAGCAUAGUGUUAGUAUCGGUAGGUUUGAUUUUUUGUCGAGCAGAUGGAGAUGAUAUUGAUUAGUCUUAUGAUCAUGUUAUUGUACGUAGCUAAUUAGCUAACAUAUUAAGCCAAUUUUUUGUACUCCGAACUCAAAAACUCGUAACGGUGUAAUAUUUGACGUACGGUCGAACCCU